GAAAGAGAGAGAGGGAGAGAGAGAGAGAGGGAGAAGGAGUUUAAUGUGUCUUUCAAACUACUGGGAGCUUGACGGGAAUGUUUGAUGAGAAAGGAAAAAGGUGUCCUGGACUCUUUUUCCUACUAAUUUCUGAUUCUUUAGACUAAAAUUGUCUGAAGUUUGCGGUAUAGAACAUCUUGGAAAAAAAAUAACCCAGAUUUACAAGGUGGAGAAAAGGACUUUUAAAAAAACCAUACACCUCCAGCAAGUGAAUUUUCUUAAAGCUCCCAGACUCUCAUCAUGAAGAUUAUUGCAGUAGUCUUUGCCUUGCUCCUGACUUGUACACUUGCAACUAAAGAAGUGGCAAAGAAGAACAAAAAGUCUAAAUUAUAUGUUCCUCAGAUUGAAUGUGAUAUCAAAGCUGCAAAAAUCAUCAAUCCAGAAUUCAUUGCAAAGUGUCCUUCUGGAUGUCAAGACACCAAAUAUCGAGUCUAUGGCACAGACAUCUAUGCUUCUUUUUCCAGUGUGUGUGGUGCUGCUAUUCACAGUGGUAUAAUUGACAAAUCUGGAGGGAAAAUUCUUGUUCAGAAAGUUUCUGGACAAUCUGGAUACAAAGGUAGCUACUCCAAUGGAAUCCAAUCACUGUCUUUGCCACGAUGGAGGGAGUCUUUCAUUGUUUCAGAGGGCAAACCCAAAAAAGGUGUGCAAUAUCCAGCAACUCUUGAAUAUUCAUCUGUCAAAAGCCCCUCAGUUAAAGGAGGAACUUCACUGCGCAGAGAGUAUCUGACAACUGUGGCACCACUACCAGGUACCAAAAUAGUCACCUCCUUACCAAAGUCCACUGUCAUGACAACAGAAUUUGUCAGCACAGUUCUAAAGCCAACAGCAGUCCCAACUACCAUCCCCACCACAAUAAUCACCAAAGCAAUGACUGUGGCAACCAUGAAGCCUCAACAUGCAAUGCACAAAGUCAGAGAUAUAGGUUCCAGCCAAGUCCAUCCAGCUUACUCAUCAGCAGCAGCUGUAGCAUCAAAACAGGUUCAGGCAGUUCAAGGGAGGACCCAGAAUCAAGCAUUCAGAAGCACUUCCAGCUAUGCAAGCAACAGAAAUAUCCCUCGCAGUAAUGCAGGUAUUCAGCGCCAAGAACCAAUUGCUUCAUUCCGGAAGCCUGCCAGUUUUCCUGCCAAUCUGGCUUUGGAAACAGACUUAUGGAAAUCUGGAUCAAGCCUUUAUGAAACAGGUUUCAGUUCCAAAGAAGACUUGGUCCCAAAACCUUUGGAGCCAGUUUCCCAGGGAAAUCCAAAUUGCAAAGUCGAUGUAUCAUUCUUGAUAGAUGGGAGCUGGAGUAUUGGGAAACGCCGCUUUCAGAUCCAAAAACAAUUCCUCAAAGAUGUAGCUCAAGCCCUGGAUGUUGGUAUAGCUGGUCCUCUCAUGGGCAUCAUUCAGUAUGGUGAUGACCCAUCUACUGAAUUUAAUUUGAAGACCUAUUCAAAUUCUAAGGAUUUGAAAAACGCUAUUGAGAAAAUAUUACAGAAAGGAGGAUUAUCCAAUGUUGGGAGAGCGCUUUCCUUUGUCAACAAAAACUUCUUUGAUGACUCCAAUGGGAACAGAGGUGGUGCCCCCAAUGUGGCCAUAGUGAUGGUGGAUGGAUGGCCCACUGAUAAGGUGGAGGAGGCCUCGAGGCUGGCAAGGGAAUCCGGCAUUAAUAUUUUCUUUGUCACCAUAGAAGGACCAGAUGAAAAUGAAAAGCAGAAUGUUAUUGAAGCAAAUUUUGUGGACAAGGCUGUAUGCAGAACCAAUGGCUACUAUUCAAUCAAUGUUCCCAGUUGGUUUGGCCUCCAUAAAAUAGUGCAGCCUUUAGUGAAACGAGUCUGUGACUCCGAUCGCCUUGUGUGUAGCAAAACCUGCCUAAAUUCAGCAGACAUUGGGUUUGUCAUUGACGGGUCCAGCAGUGUGGGCACUGGCAACUUCCGUACUGUCCUUCAGUUUGUUGCCAACAUUAGCAAAGAAUUUGAGAUUUCUGAUACAGAUACACGCAUUGGUGCAGUGCAGUACACCUAUGAACAGAGGUUGGAGUUCAGCUUUGAGAAGUACCACACUAAACAGGAUGUCCUGAACGCCAUCAAAAGAAUCAAUUAUUGGAGUGGUGGGACCAGCACUGGAGCAGCCAUCAACUAUGCCUUUGAACAGCUCUUCAGCAAGUCCAAACCUAACAAAAGGAAGAUAAUGAUCCUGAUUACAGAUGGCAGAUCUUACGAUGAUGUCCGGGGGCCAGCAACAGCUGCUCAUCACAAUGGAGUCAUUGCCUAUUCAAUAGGAAUUGCAUGGGCUGCCCAAGAUGAACUAGAAGCAAUUGCAACUGAUCCUGAUAGACAGCACUCAUUCUUCGUGGAGGAAUUUGAUAGCCUUUACAGAUUUGUUCCAAGGAUCAUCCAGAAUAUUUGUACAGAGUUUAAUUCACAGCCACGAAACUGAGCAGAGCAGCACGUUCUAUCGCAUGCUGUGUCAAUUACUACCGCACAAGGUAAUACAAAAUGUUAUCUGUGGACAUAACCAGUUAAGCCUGCCAAUUUUAGCUCUGAUACGUGGCAAUAUGAGUGUACUGUAAAUCAAUGCCUUUCUCUUUUGUAUGUUUCAAAUCUUAAUAGAAAGACAAGUGCAAUCCUUAGAUUAAUUCAGUUGACUCAAAUCCAUUGUUUGAAAUUACACAGAGCAAGGGAAGAAUAGUUCCAAAGUUCAUAUAACCCAGAGACAUGAGGUUAAAAUCUUGCGUGUGCUAGAGAUUUUAUGCAUUAAUAAUGUUCUAUUCCACUCUGGUGACAAAGAGGGAAUCAAAUGGUUAGCCUUCGAGUGACUGUCAAACGUUUUAAUCAGAAGAGAAAAGCAUUUCCAACCACGAGAGAUCUC